CUGUCGCGCUCGCGGGGUGGGGGUGCGCGUCGCGUCGCGUCGAGGGGAGGUAACGCCAGAGUGACGCGAGCGGAGCGGAAGGGAGCUGCAGGGAGUUGAGCGCUGAACGCCGGGCUGCUCGGAGGUCUGUGAUCGCGGUUCUGCUCGUCUGAAACGGAGCACCGGAUCGCCACGCGCUCGCCGGAGGAACGGAAAGCGCCGCCGCUGCGCGUGCACAGUUUACCGAGAGUUACCGAGCAGAAAGAGACGAGCGGAGCGGAGCGAUGGUGGAUAACAGCGGCAGCGGCAAAACACAGAUGGAGGCAGGUUUGUCGGGUGUGUUCCCCCACAGCGGCUCCGCAGGACUGAAGCUGGAGCAGAUGAUGGAGCAGCUCCAGCGGCAGCAGCAAGUGCGUCUGGAGAUGGAGCACAAGGAGCGCCGGCUGCGUGAAGCUCACAUCAUGUACACGCAGCAGCUCGCCGCGCAGCAGGCCGUUCUAGCCGCCGCUCGGGCCUCAGGAGCCGGCUUCAUGAGCAAGAGCCUCGGCACGUCCGGAGCCGCACAUCCAUCCCUUGCCUCGAAUCAAAGCAGUUUGGACUCAGACCACGAGGACGAGGAGGAACACGGCCGGGACUCCGGCGAGGAUGAUGAUGAUGGGAUGAUGGAGGGUGAUGAAGGCAGCGAGGAUGAAGCCAGCGGCUUGGAGUUCCUCAGGAAGCAGACGCUGGCGCUGCAGCAGGCAGCCGUUCGUCGGCCCUUCGGGAGCUUCUCGGGCCCCGGGGCCACCGCAGACGCACAGAGAGCUCCGUCACCCGCCGUCAGGGUCAAACUGGAGCCUGAGGACGAUCUGUCACCCGUCGGGCGACCCUCGGCGUCUUCUCCUAACGCUCAAGCGGACUGGAGCUACGAGGAUCCCUUUAAAGCAAACGGCGGUGUUUCCUGGUCAGAUGAUGCGGAUGUUGCUCGUGGAAGAGGGGAAGCAUCCAGAGAUUUCGCCAAGUUAUAUGAGCUGGAUAACGACCCGCAAAGGAAGGAGUUCCUGGACGACCUUUUCACCUUCAUGCAGAAGCGAGGGACUCCGGUGAACAGGAUCCCCAUCAUGGCGAAGCAGGUUCUGGAUCUGUACAUGCUGUACAAGCUGGUGACGGAGAAGGGCGGACUGGUGGAGGUCAUCAACAAGAAGAUCUGGAGAGAGAUCACCAAGGGUCUCAACCUGCCCACGUCCAUCACCAGCGCCGCAUUCACACUCCGCACACAGUAUAUGAAGUAUCUGUAUCCGUACGAGUGCGAGCGGAAGGCGUUGAGUUCUCCCAGCGAGCUGCAGGCCGCCAUCGACAGCAACCGGCGUGAAGGCCGUCGACCCAGUUACAGCAACAGCCUGUUCCGCUUUAGCCCCUCCCCCGGCUCCGCCCCUCACCUCCUGACCCCGCCCAAGAUGCAUCUGUCAGCACUGGGAGCCAUGGGGGCCCUGAACGGACUGCAGGCGUCCCCGGGGCCAUCUCUGAAGAAGGGACUGGACGAUGCGGUCUCGUCUCUGCUGGCGGGCCGCUCGUCCUCCGUGGCGAUGGUGAUGGGGCAGCAGCAGAUGGCGGGUCUGGCGCGGGCCGCGACACUGGAGCAGCUCCGAGAGAAGCUGGAGACGGAGGCACCGGAGAGAAAGAUGCUGCGUCUGGCCGAGGAGCAGCAGAGACUCAUGCAGCAGGCCUUCCAGCACAACCUGCUCGCCAUGGCCUCGCAGAUCCCCGUCAACCUGCGUCCCGGAGCUCCGGCCAGGGAUGAGAAGCAGGAUCUGGCCGUGAGUAUUUCCUCCAGCGGAGCGGCGAGUGUCAGCGUGUCGGUGGAAGUCAACGGCAUCGUCUACUCAGGAACUCUGUUGGCUCAGAAGUCUGCGAGUGUGAAUGUGUCUCACGCUCCUCCAGCAGGACCCAGCUUCACCUUCUCUAGCUCCGCCCCCAGCCAAAGCCCCGCCUCUUCCUCCUCCUCCAAGGGGCGGGGCUCCCCGUAACCCGUCUGCCGGUUGGCUCUCCAGUCACUGAUUGCUGAAAGUCAAACCGUUGCACAACCAGUACCUCAUUUUCUCCUGUCCACAUCAUGUUUGCAGACACACACGACCGGUCAAAAGUUUGGGGUCAGAACGAUUUCUGAUGUUUCUGCUCAUCAAAGCUACAGGAGAAAUGUAUGAGGUAAAAUAAUGUGUUUCUAUUUUAAUAUACAUUAAAAUAAAAUGUAUUUCUGUGAUGUGCAUCUGUGUUUUCAGCAUCAUUCCUCCAGUCUUCAGUGUCACAUGAUCUUCUAUAAUAAUAUGAUUUAUUACAGUUUUGAUGCUUAAUAUUUUUUUGCAACCUGUGAUACUCAGGAUUCUUUGAUGAAUAAAAAGUUAAAAAGAAGAGCAUUUAUUUAAAAUCUAAAUAUUUUCUAACAAUAUUCACUACAGUUCAAAAGUUUGGAGUCAGUAAAUAUUUUAUUUCUGUAAUAAUAAAUCAUCAUAUUUUCAUGAUUUCUGAAGAUCAUGUGACACUGAAGACUGGAGGAACGAUGCUGGAAAUACAGCGGAGCAUCACAGAAAUAAAUUAUAUUUUAAAGGAUAUUCAAAAAGAAACCAUUAUUUUAUAUUGUAAUAACAUUUUGCAAGAUUACUGUAUUUUUCUGUAUUUUUGAUCAAAUAAUUGCAGCCUUGAUGAGCAGAAGAGACUUCUUUAAAACAUGAAGAGUCUCAAACUCUUGACCGGUCGUGUAUUUGCAGUUUCGCACAUGGACACACAUGGAAACAUGUGCAAAAGUAACGUGGCUGGACCUCAUUCACGAAUCACGAGACAGUCUUAUGUAAAAGUCACAAUCAAUUCAACGCAACAGUAACAGAAGAUGGGAUUCAUGCAGAAGAUCCUCGUGUUUCAUGAACGAUGUCCAGCGUCUUUUAGAAAACGCUAAAUACAAUCAGAACCUUCAGCCAAAGACGGGCAGGUUUUACAGAACUUGAAUAUUUUUAUUUAGAGUGUGUUUUGAUCUGUUUUCCUAUUUUAUUUUUCCUGAAUGAUCUUUUUCACUCAAGGUUUUACAUUCAUAUAUCAAACAUUCAGUGGGGGAACGUUACAGGGAUGUCUUUUACCUCAGGAUCUGUAGUUUAGGCUUUCUCUGAAUGAGUUGAAUUUGUUUUGUAGAAUUGGUUUCAGUGCGUCAGGGUCAGAAACGCUGGCGGGGUUUUAGGACGGGACCUCGCUGUCAGGUUCAUGGGAAUAAAUCUGCUGUUCGGAA